AUGGAGGAGGGAUCGAGUGUUGGAGAAGCAGGCAGGAGGGAUCGAGUGGUGGGUGUCGUGCUCAUUGCUGUGGUGACCGUCGAGGAAGUGAAUCAGGUGAAACUGCUUUUUUCAGCUCUUCAGCUUCUAGUUCAUUUCAGAGAAUCACUCACACGAAUUUUACUCAGGAAGUUAAAAGCUGAAAGCUACUGGCCCGAAAACCAGCCGGAGUGCCUCCCAGACAAGCAUAAAGCCAGAGAGGACAUACUUUCAAGAUUCAUAAUACUCCUAGCAAGCAACAAGGACCCUGAGACAAUGAAUGAUCAUUACCUGCGUCACAUAGUCCUCAACUUCCUGAUCGCAGGGAAAGACACGACUGGGAACAUUCUCUCCUGGUUCUUCUACAUGCUCUGCAAGAACCCUAUAGUUCAGGAUAAAGUUACCCUUGAAAUCAAGAAGUCAGUUCAGUGGGCCAAGGAAGAUAACAACACAGAAGGUUUCACAGCAAGAUUGAACCAAGGUGCUAUUGACAAAAUGCACUACUUCCACGCUGCGAUCUCCGAGACGCUCCGGCUGUAUCCUGCUGUCCCAGUGGUACAAAUAAAUUCUCUGUAG